AUACGUAAAAAAUCAAUGUAAAUAUGCCUUAUGGUAUGAACAUGUAGUGGAUGAAGGAAAACUUUGGUUUGUUGAUUUAAAAUUACCAUAAAAAGUAUCAUGGCGUCUAAGACCCGUGCGGACAAUACCGUUAACGAACGUCGUUUACGUCCGAUAUAUGAUUGGUUGGAUAAUGGAAAUAAUAAGAAAGCUCUUCAAGAAGCAGAUAAAGUGCUCAAAAAGCAGCCAAGCAAUCAGUGUGCCAGGGUACUCAAAGCUUUGGCUUUGUUACGUCUUGGUAAAGAAAAUGAAUGUCAAACUAUUAUGGAUAAAGUACGUUCAGAGAUUCCUUAUGAGGAUUGUACUCUUCAGGUCAUGAGUAUUUGUUAUAGAGAGAGACAUCAACCUGAUAAAAUUAGUGAAGUGUAUGAAGCUGCAGUUAAAGUAGAUCCUAGCAAUGAAGAAUUGUUAACACAUCUCUUCAUGUCUUAUGUUCGUCUUGGAGAUUACAAGAAACAACAACAAACAGCACUUGCCUUAUAUAAAUUAAAACCAAAAAAUCCUUAUUAUUUUUGGGCUGUGAUGAGUGUAGUUAUGCAAGCUAUACAUUCAGAUAGAAAAUUAGCAAAAGAAAUUACUUUACCUUUAGCAGAAAGAAUGGUAUUGAAAUUAAUUAAAGAAGGAAAACUGGAAGCAGAACAAGAAGUACAGCUUUACUUAAUGAUAUUAGAACUUCAAGGUAAAAGUGAAGAAAUGUUAAAUGUUUUAUCAGGACCAUUAGCUUCACAUCUUUCAUCUGUUUCACAACACAAAGCAGCACUUUUAUUAAAAUUGAAACGUUUCCCUGAAGCAGCUAAUGCAUAUAAGGAACUCAUCAGUGAAAAUGUUGACAAUUGGACAUAUUAUCAAGACUAUCUUCUUGCGGCUCUUGAGUUUCAAAAGCCAGAAGAAUGUUUAAAUUUUCUUAGUAAAAUUAUAACCUCGUCAGAGAAAAAAUUUAGAGCUCCUUAUCUUGCAAAAUUUGAAUUAUUAAAGCUUACUAAAAGUAGUCAAAUUAUUCAAAAUAUUACCGAACCAAUUGAUUUAAUGUGUCAGUAUUUUUCACAAUUUGGAGAAAAAAGUUGUGUAGUUGGAGAUUUGCGUUUAUAUCUACAUUUACUAACACCUACAGGCAAGCAGGAUUUGAUACAAAAGAUAGAAGAAAAUGUUGGUGUUAAACCUGAAGGAUUUCCAAUUACUAUACAGCAAAUGCAGAGACAUAUACACUUAGAACAAUUACGUCGCAUUUGUGGUUUUCAUCACCCUCCGAAUAGUGAUAUAAAUAAGCAAAAACAAUUGGUAGAACGGUUAUGUAAAUUAUAUAAAAAGGGUAAUGAAUUAUGUCCUAUCCAAGAUAGAUUACCAACAGACUUUUGUCCAGCGGAUUCUUAUAUACUUUUAGCAACGCACUUAUUACAUGAAUUAUGGUGCAAUACAAAUGAUGCAGUUUAUCUUUAUAGGGCAAUGGAACUAUUAGAACGUGGUUUAUUAUCGAGUCCAGCUAAUUUUUAUAUAAAAAUUCUAUUAAUACGAAUCUAUUUGGAAGCAGGAUUAAUAGGUGCAGCUGAUCAUGUUUUUACAUUAUUGGAUGUUAAACAUAUUCAGUUAGAUUCAUUGGGCUAUUUACACUCACCACUACUUGCUCCACUUGGCCAUCUUUCAUUAGCUUCCAUAACUUUAGAUCAUACUACCAAAUUUUUUAUUGCAAAUUACAAAGAUAGUGCAGAUCAUUUAACAUUUGCCUAUAAAUACGGAAGUUUUGUAAAGAUUCAAGAAUUUGUGGAAUUGAAAGAACGUUUGGAAAAUUCUUUGCACUUUGUUAUGACUAAUGUAGAUAAGAUGUUAUUGGAAUUAAGUUGGUGCAAUAGUUCUACAUCUCUGAUUUCUACAUUAGAUAAUAUGGAUAUACAAUUAAUCGAAGAUUCUGUCCGAUUAAAUUCAUUACGAGAUAAUCGUGACUUGGAGGUUGUCCCUGGAUGGGAACCAUUUACGGAAAAUGACCAAGAUAUUAGAAUGCAAGAAGAGACGCGCAUGUGCAUGUUAAGAUUACUAACAGUGCGAGAUUUAAUUUUAAAAAUAUUAGCAGCGUGUGUAGCAUCUGAUAGUUCCUCUCUUCUUAAACGGUUUUCUAACGAAUUAAAACAGCUGGAUAAUGAACAAAUUCCUUUGAUUCUUCAAAAAUUUGAAUCAGAGGGAAAGAAGAACAAAUCAUGUAGAAUGUUAGUUCCUAUGGAUGCAGUUGAAAGGUUACGUGAAGCUCAUUAUUCCGAACAACUGCAGACAAUCGCUCGAUUCGCAGAAUCGCUUGCUCAGUCACUUUAUCCUGAUUUCGAAUGUAUUCAAAUGCUGCGAGUUUCACCAUGUCUUCAGACGAUAGAUAUUCCUGAAAAGAGAAUUCCAAUGUCCUUCAAACAUUUUUUAUUAAGAGCGUCAACGUGCAGUGAAACUCUUGCAAUUAUUAGUGCCAUAUGUACUCUAUGUGCAACACAAUUACAACCUAAGACUUCACAAAAGAAGAAUAAGAAGAAAUGUAACAAACAAAUAACAUCUAAUCAUUCAUUAAAUGAUAAUGUAAAUGAUUAUAGUUGGAAAGAAAUAGCAAUGUUACUUGAAGAAAGGGUUCAAAAUUUAGAUUCGGUACUAACAGAAUUUGAGAAAUAUCAGUUACAUACAGGAUUAAGUAACGACGAAGAUGAUCUGUCUGUGACGAUAAUUAAACAUGGACAGGAUAGUUUGGGACAAAGUUGCAGAUCAUUAAAAUCUCGAGCUCAAAUUACGCUAAAACUUUUAAGCAGUUUAAAAAGCUGAAAUUAUACGAAAAUUCUUGUACAAAGAAUGUCCAUCCAACUAUUCACUGAUUUUUAAAACCAA